CCUGCGAACAUCACUGACCUCGUCUAUUAUAACUAGCUUGACUGUGUCAUCAACAUCUGUAACUUUCUUCCAUUGUCAAGCUAUAUACCCAGUACUCUACAGCUAGCUCUACUCGGAUCGCAGACAUGUCCACAGAAGUCAUCUCAAACUCGCCAUCUCCUUCGCCCCACCAGCCUCCCAUGUCCCGUUCCAAUUCCAAGCCGAAGGGCAUCCUGAAGAAUGCUCCGCCAGUACACCCAACAAGCCAACACAGUCUGCAAUGGGAUGAAGAGAACCUCGCCUUAACCGAGGCGCAGAAGGAUAGCCAAAUGAAGAUCACAGAGCCCAAGACUCCUUAUGUACGAUACAAUGCUGAGACUGACACCGUAGAGAGCGAUAUCCCCUCGCUCGACCUGAACGGCACGGGCGUCGUUUCGCCCAUCCGUGCACAAUCGCCCUCCAGUAGCACAGGUGCGACUGGGGGUGGAUCCACACCUUCAUCCCGUCGCACAUCAUUCUCCAGUCGCACCGCAGGCAGCGGAAGUGGCCGGUCAAGCAGGAGCACGAGCUUCAACUUGCCGGAUGAUAUGCGAGAGACAAUCAGAUUAGACGGUCGGCAGCCAGGGGACGAAGUAGAAUUUGAGGAGAUGGAUGAGGAAGCCGCUGCUAAGCAUGCAGCCUUCUUGCGAGCACGCGGACGCCACUAUUCGAAUGAAGCAGAAGCUAUGAAGGUGGCAGCUAAGUUGAUGGAAGACGAAGACGAAGAAGACGAGAGCGCUUCCAUUGACCACAGUGUUGACGAGGACAGUGUGAUGUCCGUUGACGAAGAAGCGCCAGCGAAAGUCAAUGGCGCGUUUCACGGCAAGUGAAAGGAAGACAUUUCAACAGCAGUAGAUCUUGUAGCUUUGUGUGCUUGUCUCCUGGCUGUCAGUCGAUCUGCUGGACGCUGUUCUCGUU